CUUCACCGGAGCGGUCGUCGUUAAAAUCUACAAUGGAAUCCAAAAACGAAGACCAGAAGAACAAAAGCAAAUACAAGUACAAGAAAAAUUCCAAAACAGAUUCUAAUCCUCCAUUUCCUGCAGAAGAUGGCAACAACAACAACAACGGCAAUGGCGCCAAUAUCAUCGCGGCCCCUCGGUUCCGGAAGACAAGCGAGGAAAAACUUAAGAAGAAAAAUUCUGAGAGUUCUCUUCGCCAUUAUUAUCGCCUAGAAGAAGAAGAAGAGUGGAGAAAUAGGAAAGACAAGAUCACGACCGGAGAAAAUCCCAGCUAUGGUGAUAGCGGUGAAUUAUCGAAAAAGGAGCAAGAUUCGAGGAGUGAAAGUGGUCAGAUGCCGAAAAAAGACACUGGGGAGGAGUUGGGGUCCGAAUCGGAGGAGCGAUCAGGAAAUCCAAGUGGGGAUGGGUCCUUGUGGAGAGCCCAGAUACAUAUCUUAUCCAAAAAGCAAUGGAACGUGGAGGUUUCCAAGGAUUGGGGAGUUCCAAUGCUACGACAAGCAGAAACAUGGACUCACCCUUGGUCGUCGAUACUUGCUCAAGUGAAGGAGAAUGAAGGAGAAGAAGAGAGACAGCACCGAAGAUCAGUGUUGGGAUUUGAGAGUGAGAGAGCUAUGUUGAUGAAGGCAUUUUAUAACGAUUUUACAGGAGUGGUUCAAGUGGUCGACAACGACGAGAAAGUGAAAGAGCAGCGGCAAAGUCAAGAUGGACAGACGAAGAAGGCCUCAUCGCCGUCGGGGCAGAACAGUGCAGAGGCAUCAUCAAGACAAUCAAAGAGAAUUGGUAAAACGGAGGCCUGUGAAGUACCUACAAAAGGUAACCAGUUGCCAUCUGGUGGUGAUCGUGGAGCAGACAAAAGGCGAGCAAUCGAAGAUAGAAAGGCAAGAGUUGCUAUCAUUGUUGAGAUCACUCAGGUUCGAGUCACUGCCCUCCGAAUUCCGAUCGUAAGUCAAAAGAAAGAUGAUGAAUCGCUAUCUAGAGGUGUGGGGGAAGAGGAGAAGCAUAGUCUUUCAACUUUUGUUCAAUCACUAAAGAAGAAGGGCAGAACCCAAAUUCAUCCCUCAAAUACGGGUAGAAAUGUAUAACAUCAGAAUUUUAUUGGGUUCAUUUUUUUGAGGGUUUUGCCAAAGAAGAAGUCUUAAAGGGUUUGAGAAAAUGAACCCAAUGCAUAAAAAGCCCCAGCCCCUGACUCUUCUGCAUGGAUCAUUAGAAGUAAUAAUGCAGUUUGCUUGUA